AUGGGUCACCGUCUGCCCGUGUGGCUGUGCGCCGUCGCGGCGCUGCUCUUGGAGGCGCAGGCCAAGGGCACCCCGCUCCUCGCACGGCCAGCACAACCCGGUGCCUCCCGCUACAGCCUCUACACGACAGGAUGGCGCCCUCGGCUGCGUCCCGGGCCGCAUAAGUCCCUCUGUGCCUAUGUGGUGCACAGGAAUGUGACCUGCGUCCUACAGGAGGGAGCAGAGAGCUACGUAAAGGCUGAGUACCGCCAGUGUGGGUGGGGGCCCAACUGCCCCUCCACAGUCAGGUACCGCUCAGUGCUCAGACCCAGAUACAAGAUUGGCUAUAAGACUGUGACAGAUCUGGCCUGGCGUUGCUGCCCUGGCCUUACAGGAGAAGGCUGCCCUGAACACCUCACAGACCAUGGAGCUACCCCACCACACCAAGAGCCAGAGCCGCAGAUUCCCUUAGGGCAGCAGGUCCCAGACCCCAGGCCUUCUUACAACAGAGAGGCCCCAAGCCCCCAUGGAAGAAAAGGCCAAGGGCUGUUUGGUGAGCGUCUAGAGCAGCUGGAGGGCGAUGUUCGGCGCCUGUCACAAGCAUAUGGCACGCUGAGUGGUAUGGUGGCUAGUCACAAGGAUCCCAAUAGGAUUACAGGUGACCCCAGAGCUCCCGUUGAGCCUAUAGGCUUUAGGGUCAUCCCCGAGGGCCUGGUGGACCCAGAAGACAGAGGCAGAGGACGGCUCAUACCUCCUCUGGGUGAAAUCCUGAGCAAGGUGACAGAGGUGAGCAACACAUUACAGACCAAGGCGCAGCUGUUAGACGAGGUGCACGGGCUGGCCCUCGGUCACGAGGCUCACCUGCAGCGGCUACGGGAAGCCCCACCGUCCCCACUGACGUCCCUGGCACUGCUGGAGGAGUAUGUGGACCAGCGGCUCCAACGACUCUGGGGGAGCCUGCUGGAUGGCUUUGAGCAGAAACUGCAGGGUGUCCAGAGCGAGUGUGACCUGCGCGUGCAGGAGGUGCGGCGGCAGUGCGAGGAGGGCCAAGCAGCCAGUCAGCGUUUACACCAGAGCCUUGACGGCCGGGAGCUGGCCCUGCGGAGGGAGCUCUCCCAGCUGGGCACUCAGCUGCAAGGCCUGACUCUGACCGGCGGAGGCACCUGCUGUGGUCAACUGGCUUUGAUCGGUGCCCGCGUGGACAGCCUUGAGAGGAACCUGCAGGCUGUCACGGAGGCCCAAGGCGGCCUCAGCACCCUGGCUGCAGAUGAGCUGGCACGCCUCUCCGCGGCAAUGCUCCAGGGAGGAGUGGAAGGGUUGCUUGAGGGCCUAGAGACCAUCAAUGGGACCGAGAAUGGAGCCAGAGGCUGCUGUCUGAGAAUGGAGAUGGGGGGCUGGGGUGUCGGGGGCUUCGGGUCUAUGCUGGAAGAGCGCGUGCAGAGCCUGGAGGAGCGGCUGGCAGCUCUGACCGGAGAGCUAAGCCACCACAGCUCCACACCAGACAGAUCAGCACGGCCACUCGUUCAGACAGAGCUAGCUGUGCUGGAACAAAGGCUGGUCUCCCUGGAGACCUCAUGUACCCCAAGUACCACCUCGGCCAUCCUGGACAACCUUGUGGCAGAGGUGAAGGCCUGGCAGAGCCGGAGUGAGGCCCUCCUACACCAGGUGGCCAGUCACACUGCUCUGCUCCAACGGCUCAAUGGCACAGUAGCCGAAGUUCAGGGGCAGCUGGCAGAAGGGACGGGCAGCUCGCUCCAAGGCGAGAUCACUUUGUUGAAGGUCAAUUUGAACUCAGUGAGCAAAUCACUCACAGGCCUCAGUGACUCUGUCAGCCAGUACUCUGAUGCCUUCGUGGCCGCCAACACGUCCCUGGAUGAACGAGAGCGGAAGGUGGAAACUGAAGUUCAUGCCAUCCAGGAACAGGUCAGCCGGCAAGGAUCAAGGCUUCAGGCUGGCCACAGGCAGGUCUUGAACCUGCGAGGGGAGCUGGAGAAGCUCAAGGCCAGUGUGGCCAACGUGGCUGGAGGGUUGAGCCGCUGCCGGGACGCGGCUCAGGAACUGCAGCACACAGUGGGCCACUUUGACCAGCGGGUGGCUCAAGUGGAGGGAGCCUAUGAGAGGCUGGGCUUGUUGCCUGCCCACCUGAACGAUUUGCCUCCUGAGCAGCUGAGGUCCAGGGAGGGCUUGUGGGGUCACAUAGACAAGCUGAACCACACGCUGGCCCAGCACACGCAGGACAUUGCCCGACUCCGGGACGACCUGCUGGACUGCAGAGCCCAGCUGGCCGAGGUGGGGCCACGGCAAGCUGACUAG